UUUGAUUUUGAAUUUGACUAAUUGAACAAGCUAAAUGACUCCAUAGAUCACCAUAUAUAAAAAGGAUAAUGUUGGCUUAGGAAAACACAAUCUAGGAUGGCAGAGGUGAAACUACAUGGAUUUUGGUAUAGUCCUUUUACUUUAAGGGUAGUAUGGACCUUAAAUUUAAAGGAUAUACCAUAUGAAAACAUAGAGGAAGAUCGCUUCAAUAAGAGUCCACAACUUCUUCAAUAUAACCCAGUACACAAGAAGACUCCGGUGCUAGUUCAUGAUGGAAAACCCAUAUGUGAGUCAAUGAUCAUUGUUGAAUACAUUGAUGAGAUAUGGCCACAAAACUCAUUGCUUCCAGCUGAUCCUUAUGAUAGAGCUCAAGCCCGAUUUUGGGUUAAAUAUAUCGAUGAAAUGAUUUCGACACUUUCAGCAAUCAUUCGUAGCAAAAGUAGUGAAGACCGAGAGAAGGCCAAAGAGAAUCUAUGGGAACGGCUAGGAGUUGUUGAGGAUCAAUGUUUGAAAGAUGAAAAUAAAUUUUAUGGAGGAGACAACAUUAACAUUGUAGACAUAGCUCUCGGAUCUUUUGUCAAAUUUAUUGAGGUUUUGGAAAUUACAUUUAAAGUGGAAAUUUUGCAAACUGAGAGGUUCCCCCAUUUGCAUUUAUGGUUUAAUAAUUUCAAGGAUGUUCAAGUCAUCAAAGAAAAUACCCCUCACCAAGAGAAGUUCGUGGCUUUUUUGAAGCCUCUUUUUGAAAAAAUCUUGGCAUCUUCUUGAGUAAUAUAUAAGCAUUUGUAUCUUCAUGAGUCAUGUGUAUUUCUUUAUGCUAUAGUAGUUGCUUUAUGUUUUUGUACUUCACUAAUAAAAGUUUUAAAUAAUUUCAUUUCUUUUAAUAUUAAGAGUAUGUACCACACGGCUUAUAAAUUUAUAGUUUAGUUGA